AUGGAGCGAAUUUUGGGAGGUGUGGUGGCUCUCAUACACGAGACUCACUCCAGGGAUGGUCACGUGGCCAACAUGCUUGACUUGUACCGACGGCAGAACCCUCCCGUCUUUCAAGGGAAAAUUGGUGCCGACCCCAGUGAAGGGGAAUUUUGGAUCGAGCAAACAGAGAAGUUGCUGGAUCACCUUCACUGCAGCGAAGAAGAGAAAGUUAAUUGUGCCACCUUUAUGUUGCAAGGAGAGGUAGACAGAUGGUGGAGAGGAGUCAAGAGAACAAUGACCCCUCGAGCCAGGGCACCUUACGUCACUUGGGAAAGAUUCAAGGAACUCUUCAACGAGAAGUACUUCCCUCUAAAUUUAAGGAUGAAAAAAGAAAGAGAGUUCAUGGAGUUAAGACAGACCGGAGACAUGUCUGUCGCCCAGUACGAGGACGCUUUCAAUCGAUUGAUCCGAUACAUGGCGAUUUACGAAGGAGACGAAAGGAUCAAGGCUCAGAAGUUUUUGGGAGGGUUAAAUCUAAAACUUCAGAGGGCAUUGAGUAGUGCAAGUACCCAGACCUAUGCAGAAGCGGUGCUGCAAGCCUAUACCACCAAGGCUAACCUGAGCUGGAUUGACGCUAUCCAAGGAGAAAUUCAGUAG